CGGGCCGCGGCGCACGGCAGUCGCUGGGAUCCUGGAGGCGGGUCUGGCGAGGCGGCUAGCGUGUCCCUGCCGGCGAGCGGGCGGCGGCGGCGGCGGCGGAGGCGGCGGUGGGUGCCCGGGACCCGCGCUUGUCUGCGGCGCGGUGCGGUGCGGAGCAAGUGCCUGAGGCGGAGCCGGCGGCGCGGACGACGGCCGCCGCGGAGCCGAGUUACUUAUGGAAAUUGUUGGUUUCCUGGACAUUUUAACAUUAAGGAACCUCUGGAUUGGUUUAUUAGCCAUCUGCUUACUGUCUGGAAAGGUGCAUUUGAAGAAGGCUUCCAACUAAGAAGGUGUUCAAAGUACUUUGCCUUUUCUGCUGUGUGGCAGACUAAUCUGAGACGAUGCCUAGCACUUGCCCAGCGUCCUGAAACUGGCAUCCUUCAUGAAGAGAUUCAGUGCUACCUAUGAACUGUGUCAGUGUCAUCUUGAAGACAAUGGACAGCUUUUCUGUGUCUAAUUUUCAGAUACAGGUUUUGCACUUGGAAUUUGGAGCAGCAUUUUGUUUAAUUUGAAAGUUUAGGCUUUCCAGUAGUCUUCCAGAUGCAUUGUCUCAUCUGUACACUUGAAACAUCCACAAUCACAUGACCUCUAGAUAGAACCAUGGAGCCCUAUAACCCAAAGAGAUGCAGGAAAAGUGUUGCUGAACUUUGGCACCAGGCAUUUUCUCAUCAGUUAAGCAAUUGAACUGGUGUAUGUGUUCUCUGCUUAUCCAGAAGAUGGAACCAAAUAGUGCCCUGCACAUUCUGUUGCCAAAAAGAUUCUGUGGCUGUUGAAUUUUACUCUGUCAUUCAGAAUCAACUUAUGCAAGUCAGGAGCAAAGGGAUGUAAAGACCAGCGUUGAUGUAUUCGGAUCCUAGUGAAGGUUGAAGGUAAAAAAACAAACCCUAAUAUGACUAAUCCUUGGGAAGAGAAAGGCUGCAAAAUGGCCCAGACAAGUUUACUGCAAGGAAAGCAGUUUUACUGUAGGGAGUGGGUUUUCCACAAGCUUCAGCACUGCCUCCAGGAGAAGACCAACUGCUGUAACAGCACUGCCAGUACCCCAUCCCAUGUCAUGAAUUCCGGGAACAACACUGGUGCUGUCUCUGGCAAAGGAGCUGCCUGGGGAGUUUUGCUGGUCGGAGGGCCCGGCAGUGGCAAGACAGCCCUCUGCACUGAGCUCUUAUGGCCAAGUUCCCCGACAAGCUUGCAGAGAGGUUUACAUCGCCAGGCCUUGGCGUUUCAUUUCUGCAAAGCCCAGGACUCUGACACUUUGUGUGUUGGAGGGUUUAUCAGAGGGCUGGUGGCCCAGAUCUGCCGCAGUGGGCUGCUCCAAGGGUAUGAGGACAAGCUGAGGGACCCAGCAGUACAAAGCCUCCUGCAGCCUGGGGAGUGUGAGAGGAACCCCGCGGAGGCCUUCAAAAGGUGCGUGCUGCUCCCUCUCCUGGGAGUGAAGCCCCCCCAGCAGAGCCUCUACCUGCUUGUUGACUCAGUGGAUGAAGGGUGGAACAUCGCCGAAGGCGAGCAGACCUCUAGCAGCUUCUCUGGAACGGUGGCUGAGCUCCUAGCCGGACACCAUGACUUCUUUCCACCCUGGCUAUUACUGCUCUGCUCUGCCCGAAAACAGAGUAAGGCUGUGACUAAAAUGUUUACCGGCUUUCGGAAAAUAAGUUUAGAUGACCUUCGGAAGGCAUAUAUUGUGAAGGACGUCCAACAGUAUAUUCUUCAUCGUUUAGAUCAAGAAGAAGCUUUGCGCCAGCACCUCACCAAAGAGACCGCUGAGAUGUUAAACCAGCUCCACAUCAAGAGCAGCGGGUGCUUCCUUUACCUAGAGCGAGUUUUAGAUGGAGUUGUAGAAAACUUUAUUAUGCUACGAGAGAUCCGUGACAUCCCGGGAACUCUGAAUGGUCUGUAUCUCUGGCUGUGCCAAAGGCUUUUUGUAAGGAAACAGUUUGCCAAGGUGCAGCCCAUCCUGAAUGUGAUUCUCGCCGCCUGCCGACCGUUGACAGUGACGGAGUUAUACCAUGCCGUGUGGACCAAAAACAUGUCCUUGACCUUGGAAGACUUCCAGCGCAAGUUAGAUGUCCUUUCCAAAGUUCUCGUGGGUGGGCAAGGGAACACGAAAAUCCUCUUCCACUACAGCUUUGCCGAGUGGCUUCUGGACGUGAAGCACUGUACCCAGAAGUACUUGUGCAACGCCGCCGAAGGGCACAGGAUGCUGGCCAUGAGUUACACCUGCCGAGCCAAGAGCCUGACCCCGCUGGAAGCCCAGGAGUUCGCCUUGCACCUCAUCCACUCCAGCCUGCAGCUGGAGCCCGCCGAGCUGGCCCUGUGGAUGAUAUGGAAUGGCACCCCGGUUCGGGACUCGCUGUCCACACUGGUCCCCAAGGAGCAGGAGGUACUCCAGCUGCUGGUGAAGGCCGGGGCUCAUGUCAACAGCGAGGAUGAGCGCACCUCCUGCAUCGUCCGGCAGGCCCUGGAGAGGGAGGACUCCAUCCGGACCCUCCUGGACAACGGCGCCUCGGUGAACCAGUGCGACCCCAACGGCCGCACCCUGCUGGCCAACGCUGCCUACAGCGGCAACCUGGACGUGGUGAACCUGCUGGUGUCCCGGGGCGCCGACCUGGAGAUCGAGGAUGCCCACGGGCACACCCCGCUCACCCUGGCUGCCAGGCAGGGCCACACCAAGGUGGUGAACUGCCUGAUCGGGUGUGGCGCCAACAUCAACCACACGGACCAGGACGGCUGGACGGCCCUGCGCUCAGCGGCCUGGGGCGGCCACACGGAGGUGGUGUCGGCACUGCUGUACGCGGGCGUGAAGGUGGACUGCGCGGACGCCGACGGGCGCACGGCGCUGCGGGCCGCGGCCUGGGGCGGCCACGAGGACAUCGUGCUGAACCUGCUGCAGCAUGGCGCCCAGGUGAACAGGGCCGACAACGAGGGCCGGACGGCGCUCAUCGCCGCUGCCUACAUGGGCCACCGCGAGAUCGUGGAGCACCUGCUGGACCACGGCGCCCAGGUGGACCAUGAGGAUGUGGACGGGCGCACGGCGCUGUCGGUGGCCGCGCUGUGCGUGCCCGCCAGCAAGGGUCAUGCAGCAGUGGUGAGCCUGCUGGUGGAGCGCGGCGCCGAGGUGGACCACUGCGACAAGGACGGCAUGACGCCGCUGCUGGUGGCCGCCUACGAGGGCCACGUGGACGUGGUCGACCUGCUGCUGGAGGGCGGCGCCGACGUGGACCACGCGGACCACAACGGUCGCACGCCGCUGCUGGCGGCCGCGUCCAUGGGCCACGCGUGCGUGGUGAACACGCUGCUGUUCUGGGGCGCGGCGGUGGACAGCAUCGACGGCGAGGGCCGCACGGUGCUGAGCAUCGCGGCCGCGCAGGGCAGCGUGGAGGUGGUGCGCACGCUGCUGGACCGCGGCCUGGACGAGAACCACCGCGACGAUGCGGGCUGGACGCCGCUGCACAUGGCGGCCUUCGAGGGCCACCGGCUCAUCUGCGAGGCGCUCAUGGAGCAGGGCGCGCGCACCACCGAGACGGACAACGACGGGCGCGUGCCGUGCAUCCUGGCCUCGCAGGAGGGCCACUACGACUGCGUGGCGGCUCUGCUGGAGGGCCCGUGCCCCGUGGACCAGCGCGGCUAUGACGGGCGCAACGCGCUGCGUGUGGCCGCGCUCGAAGGCCACCGCGACAUCGUGGAGCUGCUACUGAGCCGUGGCGCCGACGUGGACGGGCGUGACGCGGACGGGCGGCCCACGCUCUACAUGCUGGCACUCGAGAACCAGCUGGCCAUGGCCGAGCUGCUGCUGCAGAGCGGCGCCGACGUGGAGGCGCGCGAUGCCGAGGGCCGCACAGCACUGCACGUGUCGUGCUGGCAGGGCCACGCCGACAUGGUGCGUGCGCUGCUGGCGCGCCGCGCCGACGUGAACGCGGCCGACCACGAGCGCCGCUCGGCGCUGCAGUCGGCUGCCUGGCAGGGCCACGUGCGCGUGUGCCAGCUGCUGCUUGCGCACGGCGCGCGCGUGGACCACGCGUGCAACCAGGGUGCCACGGCACUGUGCAUCGCGGCGCAGGAGGGCCACGCGGAUGUGGUGCGUGUGCUGCUGGAGCACGCCGCCGACCCCAACCACGCCGACCAGUUCGGCCGCACCGCCAUGCGGGUGGCCGCCAAGAACGGGCACGCGCAGAUCCUGCGGCUGCUGGAGCGCUACGGCGCCGCGGCACUCAACGGCUGCGCGCCCUCACCCGUGCACGCCAUGGAGCCGCAGCCCCCGCCGCCCGCCCCGUCUCGCGGCCCGUCCCUCACCACCCAGUCGAGCAGCUCGGGCAGCACCGGGGCCUCGGCGCUCGGGGCACCGCCCCCCGGCCCCGGCCCUGCGCAGGCGCUCAGCUCGCCCUCCGAGUCCCCCGACUCCACCGUGGACCGGCACAAGUCCUCGCUCUCCAACAACUCCCUCAAGAGCUCCCAGAACUCCUCCCUGCGCACCACGUCGUCCACGGCCACGGCGCAGACGGUGCCCAUGGACAGCCUGCCGGGCCUCAGCUUCACCGAGCAGAUCCAGCAGCACUCGCUGCCGCGCAGCCGCAGCCGCCAGUCGGUGGUGUCCCCGUCCUCCACCCCGCACGCGCUGGCGCCCGCACCUGGCCCCGCGUCGCCCUGCGCUGAAGCUGACUGGAGCCAGCCCCAGCCCGGGGCUAAGUCCCCCAGGCCGCCCAAGGGAGCGCCGCCGCCGGAGAGCGCCGGCAAGGCGGGCUCAGCCGGGAGAAAGGCCGGGAAGCCCAGCGGCUGCUCCCAGCCAAAGGUUCUCGAAUACGAAAUGACCCAGUUUGACAAGCGGGGACCCGUGGGCCAAGGCGGGAGCGGUGCGCCCCUUAAACAAGGACCCGUGGACGCUCAGAGCAAAGUCCUGCCGCCUGGCACCCCGCAGGACGCGGGCCGGGGACCCCCGCCCCUGGGCGGAGAGCAGAAGAGGAGGAAUGGGAUCAUGACGAACCCCAACUACCACCUGCAGGGCAGCCAGGUGUUCCUGGGGCGGGUGUCCGUCCCGCGAGCCCUCCCCGACAGAGGCCACCAGGACGUGUUAGAGGGGUACCCUCCCCCAGAGACAGAACUGAGCCUUAAGCAAGCCCUGAAGCUGCAGAUGGAGGGCUCCGACCCUGGCUUCAACUACAAAAAGGAAACGCCGUUAUGAAAGAAAGUGUGCUAUCCUGGGGAAUAGACGACAUUGAAGGAAUGAAUGGUUCUUCAGCUACCAGAUGAAGACAUAAAAUGCCUGUUGAUGUGCUGGAAAAAAAUCUGAAGAAUGUAACAUCCCAGGAUAGUUAGCUUAAUUACUGUAAUGUGCCUGACCGGCAGGGCUGCCUUCUCAAUGUGACCCUGUGUGCUUAACAAUCUCAUUGUGUGUGCUUUGUAUUCGCAACCCAGGAAAAGCACUGUUUGAAGAAAGAAUGCAGAGGUGCGCACAGCUCCCUGGUAAAGCUGAAGAAAAAAGCAGCCUCUGAGUAAAGUAUUUUAAGUUAAGAUUUGAUAAAUGUGCAUGUGUCAGGUCAGAUAUGUAUGGAAGGCAGUGUUCCUUGUAUUUAUUUUCUUCUUCUUGUGGCAGAGAAAACUUAAGUGUACUAUUUCAGUCACAUUUGCAUCAUAGUGUAUGCCUGGUUCUUGUACCUUUACAAGCGUUUCUCAAUAAACUAAAUACUGCAGCUGUCUUACGUUCAGUACCCCUUCAGCCGUGGAGAAAAUGAGGUUCUACAGAAAUGCCACAGUGACAUGAAAACAUGGUUUCUUGAAACAUUCUCAGAAAAUGUCAUUUCUAAUAGUUUAGGGAGCUGUUUUAAGUAUUUUCCAAAAGCGCGCUGUCCUUCCACCUCCAAGAAGACAGACUCCUUCCCAAGGCAGGAUGCUUCUCAGCCACACACGUGUCCCUAGGGAGCACACUGAUCCCUGAAUAACUCAUUCCUGCCCUCUCCCCUCUCUCCCUCCUGAAGGUGCUUGCUCAGGAGAAUGGGUGUACUGCCCCCCCCCCUCCCA